CACUUUUAUCAAUUCCAAUUCAAGGCCGAUCCGUACUAUAGUAGAGAUCAUGUAAAUUCUCUACCUACUAUUAAAAUAAAACUAGUAGACCACCUCAAAACACAACCCUUCCUCUUCCUAUAACUAAUUGGACAAAAUAUAAGAAUAAUGGCCAAAGUUUACAAAACCCUUAUCACUGCUGCAGACAGAUUCGUUCCUUCAAAACUUCGUCCACUAUGGGAACACGAAGCUGGUCCUAAAACCAUAUUUUUCUGGGCACCUGCAUUCAAAUGGAGUUUGGUGAUAGCAGGUUUGGGUGACUUGAAUCGGCCAGUCGAGAACUUAUCGAUACCUCAAUCGGUCUCACUCGCCGCCACAGGCAUCAUUUGGUCCCGUUAUUCCCUAGUUAUUAUCCCAAAAAAUUAUAGCUUAUUUGCUGUAAACGUGUUCGUAGCUUUAACAAGCUUGUACCAAAUAGGACGUGCGGUUAGGCAUCAACAAUCUGCAAAAACGAGUGGAGGAAAGUAGACUUUAUUACGGGUACAUACGGGUUUUAGUUAGGGUUGUAUUUUUGAAAUAUUUAAUGUUAGAGCGAGAUAGUAAUAUACUAGGCAGUACACUAGUUUUCGCUCGCUCUGAUAGAAAUAGAAGUGUCGUCUCAUAUUUUUGAUUGCAGUCCUAAUGUAGUUCAAUUUUGUUAGUAUACAAUAUCAAUGGGUAUGCGAAUUAUUUAUUGUAGUGUAAUUGACGAAAUAAUUGUGUUCAAAUAACCACACUUAGUAGAGGAAUAUAUGUAUACGUUCUAUAUAUUAGGAAUUUACAAACUUUAUCAGAAUUAUAAUUUUUUAGAACAUCUAACUGGCCUGGAUACGUGGUGUCGAAAGACGCCGAAGCGACGCAAGUUGUGACGAAGAAAAAAAUGUAAUUUCUUAUUAUUAUAGGCUAGUUUAAUACACGACAGGCGAAAUUUACUUAUAUGUGCUAACCGGGUGACGAGUAUUGACGGGUUUGAUACAUUUAUAAAAAUUGACCUCGGUGGCGCAGUGGUCAAGUUCUUGCCACUGAACCGAGAGGUCCCGGGUUCGAUUCCCGGUCGGGUCAUGAUGGAAAAUGAUCUUUUUCUGAUUGGCCCGGGUCUUGGAUGUUUAUCUAUAUAUGUAUUUGUUGUAAAAUAUAGUAUCGUUGAGUUAGUAUCCCAUAACACAAGUCUCGAACUUACUUUGGGGCUAGCUCAAUCUGUGUGAUUUGUCCUAAUAUAUUUAUAUUUAUUUGUACAUGUAUAUAAAUGUGUAAUGUUAAAUUAUUUUAUCAAUUUUUACUUUCUGUGUUUUACUUCGCCUUAUGAUUAUUAAACUAGCCUAUAAUAAUUUGUACUUAAGUAAUUUUUUUUUUGUCGCCACAAGGUCAUUUGCGUCAUUGGGCGCCACAUAUGAGACUCGACUUGGCCUUAUGUGGUAUGAAAUUCGCUUUUGCACUUAUCAUAAAACUUUGCACUAAUUAUACGUAAUGACAUGUUACAUAUAAGAGUGUUAUUUAUUAUAUAAGCACUCGCCUUAGAAUAGAAUGAGUGAAAACACUCAAAUAUCUACUUAACUGGACUAUAUAAGUUUUAUUUCGUACAAAGAAAUCUAUAAUUUUUUUAAUAUACUAAUUAAUUUUGUUUACGUCGAUGGUUGUGGACCCAAGUGAUGUGAUAUGUUUUACUUCAAUUAUUUUUCGAUUGUUUUGUUAGUUGUGAUAUUUAAUACCAAACAAAAAGAUCCUACUUUAAAUAGGUACCUACAAAAAUAUAUUAUAGUUAUUAAAAAAAAAAACUUCCAUCCCAGUUAUAAUAAUCUUUCCAAAUGGCUGAAGAUUGCUAAAAAUUUCGUGAUACUGCAACUAAACAAAACAAUGUAUCUAUGUAACGUAAACUUACUACUUCUUGACGUGUCAGUGUUUUGCGUGUAAAUGUCUAAGCACAUUAUACUUCGAAUCAAUCCCGACUUGAAAUGUUGACUGUAAACGUAAUGUCCAUGGCCAAUCGACAGCAUCGAUCAGUGCGCUUAUUGUAGAAGAUACAAAGUAAACUUUAUUUUAAUUCCUUUAAAAUAAAGUUUAAAAGUAUACUUUAUUUUACUUCCUUCAAACUUUUAUUUUUUUAUUUGUAUCCGAAAUUACAUAACAGCCAGUAAUUAAUUUAUGUAAACAAGCGAGACGCGCGAUAAUUAUUUAUUUUAUAUAUUUGAAAUGACAUCCAUUUUGUUUUCGUUUUGAGUCGAGAUGUGUGCGAAGGACCAAAAUGUUAUACAAAUGUCCAGCGUGGAAAUGUAUAUUGAAAUGUUAUUAAAUCAUGUAUCUGUAUAAAUAUACAUUGUUUAUUUUUGUAAACCUUUUACAUACUUCUGAUAAAUAUAUCUGUGUUACAUCAAA